AUUCCAAGUACUAAAUCUGAAAUCUCAUAAUAUAUUGUUUUCUCAGCUAAACAUAAUUAAGAUCAAAGUAAUUAACCUAAAAGGAUGGUGCCUAAGGUCCACGGCAGCUUGAUGUCACCGGCGACGUUGAGAGUUAUUGCAUGCCUCAAAGAGAAGGAGCUCAAGUACGAACUUGUCCCGGUUAAUUUGCAGACCGGAGAACACAAAAAAAAACCUUUCCUCCUACUAAAUGUACGUGAGUCCAGCAACUCUAGUAAAAAAAAUUAACUAAUCUUCCAAUCUUUAAGGAAUUUAUAUGUAUUGAAUUGGUAGCUUAGUAUGUACUAAUUCAUAUAUAAAUCCCGUCUUUGGUCGAUUAUUGUGGCAGCCCUUUGGUCUAGGGAUGGCAAUUUAACCCGACCCGAUAGAUACCCGCACCGAACCGAACCGGUCAAAAUGGGGAAAACCGUUUUGACUGGGUAAUGGGUACGGGGCGGGGAAUACCCGAUUUAUGUAAACGGGUAAUGGGGCGGUUAUGGGUUUAUACCUACCCGCCCCGUUACCCGCCCCGUUACCCGCCCCGUUUAAUUUGGAUACGGUUACCCGCACCAUUACCCGACCCGCACAAUUAACUUAUAUAUUUUAAUAGUUUAUGUAUUUAUUAUUUAAUAUAUUAAGUAUAUAUGAAUAUUAGUACAUUAGUAUAUGACACUUAUUCUCUCUAGUACUUUGAAACAAUAUUCAACUUAUCGGCUAUCCUUUGCAAUUCUGAUGAUCGAGUUGGUGCUCAAAGUUCACUAUUUUAGAUUUUAAAUUUUCAAUAUCAUUCAUCAUCCUUCCUUUGUUAACUUCUAUAAUAUUCCUUCAAAAAAACCUCUACAAUAUUUAUUUUCUUCACAUAUUGAUUAUUUGAUUUUCGUGACUUUCUUUACGCAAUUUCCACAUUGUGACUCUCUUAGUUUUUCACCCAAUAACUUUCAUAAAACUCACGUAUGAGUUUAAAGUCAAAAUAUUGCGAAACAUUACUCUAGCUUGCUUUAAUUUAUGUAAUUGCUAAUAAUUUUGUAAAGGUGUAUUGGAUGAUUAGAUUAAUUUUGAUUGGUUGCUCUAAUUUAUAUCAAGUUUUAAAAUUUAAAUUAUGUUUUUUUUCUAAAACAGUAACUACAAGAAUACCUAAAUCAAAGUAUUACAAGUGCCUUUUAAAUAAUUCCAAAUCUAUAAUCAAAAUAAAAGUUGUGGACAAAAAUGCGACUCUAGUAACUUUAGUGUUUAUAAUUUUAUUCAAAUGUUAUGUCGUAGUGAUUACAAAACUUACUCAUGGUAACUUAUAGUCAUAUUUAUGUUCAUAUCUUUUUUAUUAGAGGUAUUUUAGGGGAAAAACUUCCCAUUUUCAUUAUGUUACUUGUAUACAUUAUUGUUCUUAAAUUAAUUUAGACGUUGAAUGUUGGUGGGGGUAUGCUUAUUGAAUGUUUGGAAGUUAAAUGUUUUUUUUAUUCAUAUUUAGUUUUUACUAUCGAGACAAGACUUACUCUUUUGAUGUUGAUGUGGUAAGAGAUUCAAUUUGAAUCUAGACAUAUAUAAUUUGUGAAUAUUAGAUUCAAACGAUUGUAACUUUUUGUCAUGUUUUAAAAAACUUUAUCUGUGGUACUAUUUAAUUUUAAUUUUUUUUAAUUUAGGUGGUCAAUGAUAAGUAGUUAAUAAUCAUUUUAGGAUCUAUACUAGUUUUGAAGGAAAAAAAUUAUUUUUUAAUAAAACGGUUACCCGCGGGGAAACCGUUACCCGCGGGGAAAACCGUUACCCGCGGGUAAAAAAUACCCGACGGGUAACGGGGCGGUUUCGGGGAAUUUUUUUAUCAAACGGGGCGGGUACGGGUAAUGGUAUACCCGACCCCGAACCGCCCCGUUGCCAUCCCUACUUUGGUCAAGUGCCAGCUUUCGAGGACGGAGAUGUGAAGCUCUAUGAGUCACGAGCAAUAACCCGAUACAUUGAACGCACAUAUGCUGAUCGUGGGAGCCAAUUGGUCCCUAAAGAUUUCGAUAAUAAAGAAUUGGCGAUCAUGCGGGUGUGGAUGGAGGUUGAGGCUCAGCAUUUUGAUAAGGUGGCAUCUAAGCUGGUCUUUGAGCUCAUCAUAAAGCCAAUGACCGGCAGAGUGAGCGACGAUGCUGAGGUGGCACGACAUGAGAAUGCGCUCACCAAGGUUCUCGACGUGUACGAGAAACGACUUAAGGUGUCAAAAUACUUGGGCGGGGAAUAUUUUACAUUGGUUGAUCUUCACCACACACCUAUCAUAAGUCAACUCAUGGGUACUAAAGUGAAGGAUAGUUUUCAAGAGCGUCCACAUGUUGCUGCUUGGGUUUCUAAACUCUUGGCCAGACCUGCUUGGGCUUCAAGUUCCAACUCUUCAUCGUUUCUCUUGUGUUUUGAGUGUUCCAUUUAUGUCAUAAUAUUCUGUGUUAUGUUGUACUCUGUAUAUACUUGAGCACAUUUAAAUAUCUCUUAUGUGAAUUUGUACAAUGGCAUUUUACUAUCUGAAAUUAUGUUGUGGACUUUAAAAAAUAAUAUUACCAUAUACUUAAAUAUGUGAAAUGAUUGGC